UUUACAUCACUAUAACCCAAAUUCCGGCCAUCAUAAUACCUGUGGCAAACUCACGUACCUAACGUCUAAAAUAAAGCAGAAGAUAAGAUUUUUUAAAUGAAACAAAUAUAAUAAACUAUGUGGCAGAUACUAAUAUUGCUGAGUGCUGUAACGUUAAGUUAUUGUGAUGAUAGUGAGUGGAGACAAGUGCGCACUGCACAAGGAGAUGUGCGUGGACGCAAAGAUCCUGCCGGUGGACUCUACGCAUUUCUAAAUAUUCCAUAUGCUACAGUGCCUGUUGGUGCUAAUAGAUUUAAGGCACCUCUCCCUGCACCAGUAUGGCUGGAACCACUGGAAGCCGUCGACAAAGGCAUCAUAUGUAUGCAACCUCCUUCGCCAUUCUUCGACGCUAGUUCCAAAGUAAUGCAAGAAGAUUGUCUCAUAGCUAAUGUUUAUGUUCCCGACACAGACGAUAAAAACCUACCUGUAAUAGUGUACAUUCAUGGAGGUGCAUUCGAAAUAGGCUUUGGUAACAUGAUGACACCUAAGCACCUAGUUAAGAACAAGAAGGUUAUUGUAGUCAAUUUCAAUUAUCGUCUGGGAGUACAUGGAUUCCUAUGUUUGGGAACUAAGGAUGCUCCAGGAAAUGCUGGACUGAAGGACCAACUUGCGUUACUCCAAUGGGUAAAGAAAAACAUUGCUAAUUUUGGUGGUAACCCUGAUGAUGUUACUAUAGCAGGCUAUAGCGCUGGCUCAGUCUCAGUUGACUUGUUGAUGCUUUCAAAGUCAGCAAAAGGACUUUUUCACAAAGUUAUACUAGAGAGUGGAGUAGGUGUGGGUUUUAUAGCAAUUCAAAGAAAUCCAAUAGAAAACGCUAAAACCUAUGCAAAGAUGUUAAACUUUACCAAAGUUAAUGACUUUUAUUUAAUGCAAGAAUUUUACAAAAGCACUCCACUGAAAUCUGUGUUUGUAAGUACAUUUUUAGGUAGAAAAGAUUCUACUGUCCUGUUUUCACCUUGUAUAGAAAGGAAAGAGGACAAUCAGGCCUUCUUAGAUGACUCGCCGUACAAUAUAAUCAAGAGUGGUCAAUAUAGUAAAAUUCCUAUGCUUAUUGGCAUUAGCAAUAUGGAAGGAUCAUUGCAAAUGCAUCAUGUGGGAAUAUGGAAAGAUUCUAUGAAUGCUAAAUUCAGUGAUUUCUUGCCAUCUGAUUUAGUAUUUCAGAAUAGUGAUGAAGGAGAGAUUAUAAGCAAAAAAAUUAAAGAAUUUUAUUUUGGCGAAACACCAGUGGGGGAAGAAACAAUACUAACCUACCUUGAUUAUUUCGGUGAUAUUAUGUUUGGUUAUUCUACUUUGAGAGCUAUUAAAUUACACUUGGAAGCUGGACACAAACAAAUAUAUUUGUACGAAUUUAGUUUCGUGGAUGACAGUGUGCCUGUCAUACCUAACACAAAUGAACGUCGUGCGCAACAUUGCUCUCAAACAAUGGCAGUACUCGAAGGACCUGUAGAUGAAGAAACCCUAUCUGAAGAGUACAGAAACUUAAAAUCCACUAUACGAGAGAUGUGGUCAAACUUCGCUAUACACGGAACUCCUGUGCCAGAAGAUUCAUCUCUGCCCAUCUGGCCCACGACAAAUGCAGAUGGGAGUCCAUACAUGUCCAUAGGUAAAUCAGUGGAAACAAAAGAAAUGUUUUUGGGGGAACGUGGAAAGUUCUGGAAUGAAAUUUACGAAAAAUACUACAGUGCACCAGUGGCGCCUCCUCCACCAGAAGCUCAUCACUCUGAGCUGUAAUUUUAAUGAAAUAUUUAAUAUAUUUUGCAUAACUCCAUUUUUAAUAAAGAUUUUUUAAUACGAGCUUUAUUCUAGUUAUUUGUAAAACAUUUAGUAGGUAUGUAUCUUCAAUUUUAAAAUCUUAUACAUAGGGUACAGAACCAGAUUCAAGAAUAU